UUUUUUUAAGGAUUAUAAAUAGGGACUUCCCGCCUCUUAGUUGUUCAUUCGGUUACUCGUAGCGACUCUUCAACGUCGGAGAAGUAACGUCUGUUUUAUUUUAUUUUUUUCCAUUUAAUUCUGUGUUGACCUACUUAUACUGUAGACAUGCGUGAAUGCAUCUCUAUCCAUGUUGGCCAGGCUGGUGUACAGAUUGGUAAUGCCUGUUGGGAGCUCUAUUGUCUGGAGCAUGGUAUCCAGCCUGACGGCCAGAUGCCCAGUGACAAGACUAUUGGAGGAGGAGAUGACUCAUUCAACACAUUCUUCAGUGAAACUGGAGCUGGAAAGCAUGUCCCCAGGGCAGUCUUUGUAGACUUGGAACCAACAGUUAUAGAUGAGGUUCGUACUGGCACAUAUCGACAGCUGUUUCAUCCCGAGCAACUAAUCACUGGCAAAGAAGAUGCUGCUAACAAUUAUGCUCGUGGCCACUACACCAUUGGCAAAGAAAUAAUUGACUUGGUUCUAGACCGGAUUCGUAAGCUGGCUGACCAGUGCACAGGUCUCCAGGGCUUCUUGGUAUUCCACAGUUUUGGUGGCGGUACAGGUUCUGGCUUCACAUCUCUUUUGAUGGAACGUCUGUCGGUUGAUUAUGGCAAGAAGUCUAAGUUGGAAUUCUCAAUUUACCCGGCUCCCCAGGUCUCCACAGCUGUUGUCGAGCCUUACAACUCUAUUCUGACCACCCACACCACCCUGGAACACUCUGACUGUGCGUUUAUGGUUGACAAUGAAGCAAUUUAUGACAUCUGUCGCAGAAAUCUAGACAUAGAACGCCCAACCUAUACCAACUUGAACCGUCUUAUUAGCCAAAUUGUUUCCUCUAUUACAGCUUCUCUCAGAUUUGAUGGUGCCCUUAAUGUAGAUUUAACAGAGUUCCAAACUAACUUGGUGCCAUAUCCACGAAUCCACUUCCCUCUUGCCACAUAUGCUCCUGUUAUCUCUGCUGAGAAGGCAUACCAUGAGCAGCUUUCUGUGGCUGAGAUCACUAAUGCUUGCUUUGAGCCAGCUAAUCAGAUGGUGAAAUGUGAUCCUCGCCAUGGCAAGUAUAUGGCUUGCUGUUUGCUGUAUCGUGGGGAUGUGGUUCCCAAAGAUGUAAAUGCUGCUAUUGCCACUAUCAAAACAAAACGUAGUAUUCAGUUUGUAGAUUGGUGUCCAACUGGUUUCAAAGUUGGCAUUAACUAUCAGCCUCCCACUGUGGUACCAGGUGGUGAUCUAGCAAAGGUUCAACGUGCUGUGUGUAUGCUGAGCAAUACUACAGCUAUUGCUGAAGCAUGGGCUCGCUUGGACCAUAAAUUUGAUCUAAUGUAUGCCAAGCGUGCUUUUGUCCACUGGUAUGUAGGUGAAGGUAUGGAGGAAGGGGAGUUUUCUGAGGCCCGUGAGGAUAUGGCUGCUUUGGAAAAAGAUUAUGAAGAAGUUGGUGUUGAUUCUGUGGAAGGGGAGGGCGAAGAAGAGGGAGAAGAGUAUUAAAUGUUGCUAAAUACCAUUUGUAGCAUGUAUUAAUCAUUGCAUACACUUGUUUGAACCAAUUUCAUGCUGUUCAAAUGUAUGGUACAAAAAUGUGGUAUGAAGGAAUUUUUCAUUUAUGCCGGUUUUACAUGGAUUUUUUUUUGUGUCUGAACUCUUUUCCAAGUCUGCAAACAUUUUCCUGCCAUAAGAUGCAAUAAAGACUUAAGUGGGA